GCCGAGACCAUGGAUCCGCAGAAUGUGAUCAAAAUGGUCAACAUGUUAAAGCAUAUCAACGAAAAGCAGAGCUCACAGGUAUAUACUAAUGAAGUAUGGUUCGAAUUCGUCGAUGUAAACCGAAAUAAUGUUUCGAGUGAAAUGACAAGUGCGCUAAAGCAUUUCGAGGAAGUCUCGAACAUCGAUAUCGCUAAAAAUUAUCGUCCGGCUUUGGUCGUGUCAAAACGCCGAACCUCCACGUCAAAUGACGUCUCGGUGAAUUUAGAUGCGUCGAACAUUUCUUUUCGUAAAAGAGACAAAUACAGUUCAAGUGGUGGCAGUUCGGGAGAACCCAGUUUCGCAGGUUCCCCACUCAAAGUUGAAGCAUUCGCCGAUUUGUCAGCCUUUCCGUCGCCUUUGAACAUUUCACCUGUUAGUCAUAGGCUUACAGAUGCAUCUUCAAAAAAACACUUUGUUGGCCUUGACCUACAAGAAGCAAGAUGUUUGCUUACCUUAUAUACAAUUUCGUGCAAGGAUAUUAUGGCUAGUGCUGAUGACACUUGCGUCAAAAGGAUUCCAUCCAUCUGGAUUUUAUGUAAUCCUCUUAACCGUCUUCCAUCGCGGUCUUCGAAAUCUCUGCCAGUAGUGAUGUUGGGAGCAGAACCAGUUCCGAAAACAUCAGAUGUACACCACCCUCGUCUAAGACUAACAAAGAUUAUGUCAUCGGUGAAGUCGACCGACAAUAUUGAUCGGUUCUCGUUUCCAUUUUCGAAAAAUACUUCCGAUAUUGUUUGCCAGGCUAAGUACGACUUGAUGGAAAACCAGAACAGUUUUGAUGAUGGAUACACAGGUGUUUUGAAAGUUUUGCUGGAAUGGAAGGGUGCGAACAGAUUGCUGGAGAAUUUCCCGUCUGAAGCGAAUGCCACAGUUUUCGCAAGCAUUACAUCAGGAUACGCACAAAGUUCAGCACACAGCCUCCAUGUUGAACUGACAGUGUUGAAAAAUGUUUUCAAUGCCGUGAGCUCUGGUGACAUUGUCUGGCUUGGCAGUGAUCAAAAAGAACCGCUGAUUGAAUCAGUCCGCAAUUUAGUCAGGCACAUAAAUGAAACUGAUGUACUAGACGCAGAUGAUGAUACUGAUGCUGAUGGCGCUGACAAGCCAAGUACGACAAACAUCAGUCUGGACAGCCGACUUGACACAGACUUCACCGAUGAACUCUGGAAGGUCCUCAUCAGAUGCAGUUCCAUGUCCGACUUGGUACAAAGUCUGCAGUACGUCUUCACCUGUCUGAAAAACGGCGAAAUCCAGCCCGGCCUUCACGAACGGAACCAGACCACGAUGGCCAAUCUGGUGCGAGACUCCUACCGCAACAAGAUGAUCGUUCCGACCCUCAAAGGUGUCACACCGUUGACCAUCAUGGCGGAGAUGGGGAUCGAGAAGCUGCUGUGGGACUAUGCAACCUUCUUCGUCUCAUCCGGUCUCGUCCCGCUCAGCAGUCUGACGUCUUACAUGAAGCAGAGUCUGGACCAAGAGUCGAAGAUUGAGAUCCUCGAGAAGCUCCACAACGUCCUGGAGAUGGUGAUGAUGUUCAAGGUCUUCCUGCCUCUCCCCCUGCACGUGAUGAGUCUGAUCAUGAAGAGGAUGAUGCAUCACUUUGAGGAUAGUCCAGUCCUCGAGGACCACACCUUCGAGUUCCCUGUGCCGGCCGUGGCUGUCCAGUCGAUUCUGGGCAGCAAUAAGCCGUGUGUCUGGAAGGCGGAGCUUGUGAACGCUGCGUCAACAGAGUCCAAGAGGUGUUUCUUGUCCACCUCUAGACCCUUCCAUCACCUGCAGGGAGUAGCUGAUGAAGAGGAGGAGGUUGAGGAUAGUGUGGAUGGUGAGAAUGAAACGAAGAGGCCGUCGUACUUCAUGGUUAUCAAGCAGGAGAGUAUUGUGUGAGAGACUGGCCUCGUCAUGGUGUCCGGCCUCGGUGGCGUCGUGGCAGGCCAUCGGUCUAAAGGCUGGUAGGUACUGGGUUCGGAUCCCAGUCGAGGCAUGGGAUUUUUAAUUCAGAUACCGACUCCAAACCCUGAGUGAGUGC